AUGGAAGACGAGCUCUACCUCGAGAACAUCGACGAGUUCGUCACCGAUCAGAACCGCAUCGUAACAUACAAAUGGCUAAGCUAUACUCUGGGAGUUCACGUCAACCAGGCUAAACAGAUGCUGUAUGAUUAUGUAGAGAGGAAACGAAAGGAGAAUUCAGGAGCUCAGCUUCAUGUCACCUACUUAGUAGCAGGAGACCUCAUCCAGAAUGGACACGUUUGCCACAAGGUUGCAGUAGUGAGAGAGGAUCAACUUGAAGCAAUGAAGUCUAAACUAGCCACGAUUGCGAGUGUGCAUGUCUACAGCAUUCAGAAAGCCUUGCUCAAGGACAGCGGGCCUCUCUACAACACAGACUACGAUAUCGUCAAAACAAACCUGCACAACUGCAGCAAGUUUAGUGCCAUUCAGUGUGCCGCUGCGGUCCCCAGGACGUUGGCCGAAGUUUCUCAAGCACAGACGUCUGUGCAAGCUGGUUCCCAGACACCAAGUGACACGAAUGCUGUCAGCGUACCUGUGGUCAACGGCCACGCUCCAUUGACUGCUAAACAGACCUCGCAGCAGCCCAAAGGGAUCAUGGGAAUGUUUGCAGCGAAAGCGGCUUCCAAACCCCAGGACACAAAUAAAGAACCUAAAGCAGAGGCUAAGGAGGCCCCAGGUGUGUCUGCAGUAAACAGCAAACCACCAGCAAAGGGCAACAUAAUGAACAACUUCUUUGGAAAAGCUGCCAUGAAUAAACUCAAAGUGAACUCUGUGCCUGAGCAGCCCAAGGAGGAGAAAGAAGUAGUCAAGCCUUCGGUUCCUGUAGCAGAACCAGAGUCAUCCCCUAAUACUGUAGUAGAGAAACCUGGGAAGAAAACAGAGUCUGCUAGAAUUCAACAAAAGGACAAAAAAAGUAAAAUGAAGAGGGUGGACAAGUCGGAUAAUGAGGAAGGAGGAGAUCCCGAAAACCUAAAGAAAAAGAGGAAACGAAUCAAACAACUUCAGUCUGACAGCAGUGACGAGGAAGAUGUCCCACUGUCUCCCACACCUGAGGAAGAAAAAGCUCCAUCUCCACCUCCUGUACCUGCUCUGAAAAGUGAACUGGAGCCUGCAUCCACAGAGGUUUCAGCUGGAGGGAGGAAGAGGAAACGGAAGCGUGUGCUGAAAUCCAAAAUGUUUAUUGAUGAAGAAGAAGGCUGCAUGGUGACAGAGAAGGUUUACGAGAGUGAAUCCUGUACAGAUAGCGAGGAUGACUUCACCAAGUCCAAGCCACCAGCUGCACAGAAACAGCCUGUGCUGCCUAUGAAGAAAGAACCAAAGGAAGAAAGGAAGAACCUGAAGAAAGGGGCAGCUGCUGCCAACAGAGCCAACAAACAGGUCUCCAUCAUGGGGUUUCUUCAGAAGAAAUGAACUGGGUCUUUCUCCCGGUCCUCUUGACAGCUUGGGAGUCUUGCUCUUUUUGUGUGGCUCUCUGAAAGCUGUUGCGUUGGAGGAGAACAACAUGCAAUCUUCAGUUACGUUAGAUAUCUUGCUUACUGUGUAAGUAAGCCAUCUGGACUAGAUUUUGUAUCGGAGAACAGUUUUAUUUGUUACUGCAAUAAUUUCAAUCGUCUUUACUAAGCAGUAUGGGACACACCAGCUAGAAGCAAAAUCUAGAGGAACUCUUGAAAGACUGUUAAUCUAUUCACAUGAAAUUUUAUUUUUUUACUAUGGCCUUUCACCUGUUCAGUGCUGAAGUCCUGUUCCACAAGUGGUAGAGGGACUAAAAUAGGAGUUGAGUUGUGGCAUUUCUUUUUUCCCCUGUUUUUACACCCCCAGCUCUCCAGAUGGAUCUAAAUGUUCAUGUUGGUUAGAAGCUGUAAUGUAGCAGGUCUUCAGGCGUACACACAAAUAUUGAACAUCUGCUUCAGCUUUAACUGAAUGAAAUGAACUUAAUUUUCCCCCUAAGACUGGUAAAUAGUUUUUGCUCUGCUUUUCAUAAUCUUUUUUUGGUCAAAGCAGUGCAUAUAAAAUUCUCUUACUCUUUUCUUCCUUGAACAUAUCCUCUGUAAAUUGCUCAGAUGCCUAAUUAUAGACCAGGACGCUGUUGGUGCUCUGUCUUUGCAAAAACAUCUUUGAGGCUUCCCACACAAUUGGCUCCAGUGUAAUUGGGGGAAGGCUUCGCUGUUAAUGGGAACGCAACCUUAUCUUUAACCUUGAAAGUUAAUGAGUCAAAGGGAAGGGUGAUGAGAGGGCACUUCUGAUAACACCAGUCAGGUACCUGCUGUCGUUGUCUGUGAAGAAUUGCACGCUGCUUUUUGGUUUUGUAGGUUUGGGUUUGCCUGAAGUUUUUUUUUACAGGCGUAAACCAGACAACAGAAGAGUUGUUUUCUAGGACAUCGCGUCAUCUGCCUGCUGAAGGAAGUGUGUCACAGCAAAUGGUCCUGAGGAACCAGUUAUUGGAGAUGAAUAAAGCACUGCAGUCCCGUUAAUCAGAAAUGAGUCGUCGUUUUGGAUGCCUUCUGGUUUUCCGGUGCUAAAUUUGAUAGAUAUAUGUAAAAGGCCAGAUUUUCCAGAGGAUGGGUGCUGAGCACUUCUGAAACUUGGCCUGGUGAGGGCUCCCAAAUGGGCAACUGAUGUCAUCAGUGGUUGUUCCUGAGUGGUGUUAGGCCAACAUAUGUAUGGAUAUGUAUGUACAUAUUGGUUUAUAAAGUGUUUGUGGUUGGCAGAAAGGUAGAUAAAGUCUGAAGAGUGUGAACCAAGGAAGAAAUGUCUUCAGGCACCCAGCUGAAAGUAUUCCGACCUGUGGGCGGAAGAAAAGGGCCGACUGAGUGUAUUUACACAGUCGUUCCGACCAGGAGAUCAGGUUGGUGACUCGAGAAAUCUGAACACGCACCUAAUAGUGACCAACAGUUGACGCGAUUGAAGUCGCGUCACCCUAGGCAGCUUGCGCCCUCCAGCAGAUGCGAGAGGAUCUACUUAAAACCAGCAACGUCUCUGGGUUUGUGCCCGUCCUUGCGUCCUGGCUGGGUGGAUUCAGCUGCUCGCUGCGUGGAUUGCUGCUCAUAGCUCAGCACCCUCCCCACGUAGCUCCUCAGAAUUGUUAAGAACUUAAACUCUGGGCUUUCUGAAUUGGAGACUUUUAUAGGAAAAAUAAUGGGAAGAUGGGUGAGGGAAGGCAGAACUGGCCUCCAGACGCAGAGCCUGCUGCACAAGCUGAAACAGGUUUCAUGCUCUCGUGGUGUGUUGGAGUGAUGCGGGCAGCAGAGGUCCGUGGGGAAAGAAUGAACCACCUUGUUCUGACUUUUAUGAAAGAAACCUUAACUGUUCAAAAAAAGUACUGCCGUAGUGUUUCUGGUUUUUCUUGGUAGAAUUGAGGGUGUAAUUUGAAAAGUAAUAAGUAACAAAACCCACUAAAUAAAGAUUUUUUCUUU